AUGAUCGCCCAGGCUAGAUCCAGUCUCACCUUCGUUCAACUGGCCGGGCUGCUUGCAAGUACAGCGACACUCCUUUCAGUCUCCAAUGCCGACACGGGAAUUAGAUUUGGUCAUGACAUUGCUCGUAUCAGCUCUGAAUUCAAUUCUGUGUUCCCUGCCGGAAAUUUCAACCGCAACGUCUCAACUACGUUCUGGCAAACAUCUGUCCUUGUCAACAAUUCCAAUGUUCAAUCCGAUCUGAACCGAAUUCUUAAUGUCUCAUUUAUAGCUUAUGAUGACUCUUUCUACCAGUUGCUUGGCGUAGCUGGUUACGAAUCGCCAAAACAGCUAGAAAUAAUUUUCAAGUUUCCCCCAAAGCCGGCCUUCGCGACACGCCAGGUCCAUGAUGGAACGGUAUACGCACCAGAGGCAAAGGCCAUAUUUUUCGCAGAGCUGCAUGUUCCAAGCCCUGGUUACUCUGCAGAUGCAAUGCCAUGGGUCUGGCGUAUCGACUUGUCCAACCAGUCCAACCCACAAACUACUAAAGUUUACCCUUCCCCGCAACUCACAAUUCCUAACGGUGCGUACUACCACAAUGGAAGUGUUUUUUGGGCUCAGGAGGGCAAUUAUACCAACCCGGGGGGAGUGGUCAGAAUGGAUCCGAUCACCUUAAAAACACAAGUUGUGCAAAACAACUUUUAUGGUCAUCGUUUCAACUCGCCUAACGAUAUUGUCAUUACGAAAACGGGUGCAACAUACUUUACUGAUGGUUACUACGGCACCGACAACUUCAAUGACAGCCUGCCCGCGCUCCUCGCCAAUGGUAUCUGGCGCUGGGACCAGAAAACUGGCAACAUCCGCCAGGUCGCCGGCGCCGCUGAGCAGGCGUUCUUCAACCCCAACGGCCUCGCCCUCAGCGCCACAGAGGACAAGCUGUACAUCACCAACCGUGGGAAGACCAGUGAUGAUCCAGCUGGCGGGCGGACUAUCUAUAGGUACGAUGUGACGACGGCUGGGAUCAAAAAUCGCGAGGUUUUCGCGUACGUCGACGCGGGGUUUCCAGACGGUGUCAAGACCGACCGUGAUGGGCGGGUCUACGGUGCAGUCACUGGCGGUGUCGAUGUCUUCAAUGUGGAUGGUAUUUUGAUUGGCAGGAUCAAGGUCGCAAAUGGGGAUACUGCUGUAAACAUGGUGUUUGUUGGGAAUUGGCUAUACAUUGUUGGACGAGACAAUGCGUACCGAGUAAAGCUUAACACCACAGCCGUGUAG